GCGGCGCUGAAGUUGGAAACAUUCCGAUAGCAAGGAGUUGGGAGGAGAGCAAAGAAAGGAAUCAAAACUGCAGGAGCUGCAAAGAGUUAAUGCACGGCGCCAAUGUGAACUUACAGGAAAACAAGGUGCUGUAACUCGCAAUUUAAUGGGACACCUACCGCCUCUCGUCGCCUCUGCACCGAAUCCGGAUUUCGAUGAAACGCAUUGGAAAUGGUGCGAGUAUACAACUGCCACCCGUUUUCCUCCCAGUUCAUCGUCCCGGUUGAGCACGAACCCGAUACUUUCUGCAGUGGGAAAGACAUUCUCUUCGUUAUAUCCGCUGAAUGUAAAGUGGAGACAUUUAACCUUGUCCAGGGCAGAAGUGUGCCCCUCUGCACGUUCGCCACUCUCGGGAAAGUCCAGAAAAUAAGAUUCAGCGACAUAGGUGAUUAUCUCGCUGCAAUCGAGGAGAAGAAUAAGAUUCUUUCCCUCCGUGUCUACUUGAACUGGAGAAGAUGCCAAGCAAAGGGGUCCGCGCGAGUCAGCAUCCGAAUGCUGGGACAUGCGUUGCAAGCCCCGUUUAUUGGAGCACCCAAGGAUCAAAUGGAAAUUAUAGAAGUGCCCCUUUCAGAGCCUCCCGUUUCCAUCUGCUGCUGCCCUGUGAAGGGGGAUCUAUUGGUUGGGUGCAAAAACAAGGUGGUGCUGUUCCGCUUGAAGGAAAAGAUGGUGGACGGUGACGGUCCUGUGUUGGACUUCGAGCGGCUGCUGAUCGUGCACGUCGCUCUGGAUCUGCUGGAAGUGGCCUUGUGCCACGGAUGUGUGGCCGUGGUGGCCGACCUGGAAGUGUUGGUGCUGAAACUGGAGAACGUCCAACAGGCGGAAGGCAACAGCCAGCCGGAGGCCCCCCCGAAAAAGGGGCUGGUCACCCCGGAUGAUGGGGGAAACGAGCCUGCGGAAGAAGCACCUCUGUGCCAAGAGCAGGAUGAUUUUGUCCUCUUCCAAGGCUCUUUGGAGCUGCUUGGUGAAGAUGCUUCAGGUUCAGGAGUGUCGAUCAGUUUGGAGUGGACCAGUGUGGAGGGUCUGAACGCUGAACUGCAGGAUAGUUUACAUCUCCGGCAAGUUCUAUACCGGCGUUUUGCACCAGAUUUAUCCCAUAUUUACUUGGAUGAGAAAACAUCACUGCACUCCCUACAGCUGCUCCCAAUAUUUUCUGCAGGAGACUUGGAACCGAACGGUUCUCCGGGGAGGAAGGAGAGGGAAAUGCUCAGCCUUUUCUGUUUCUUUUCCUUGCCGCACACGGGCUAUCUGUACUCCGUUGGCAAUAUGGUGCAGGAGCUCUCUGCCUACAGUUACCCGGAGAAGGCAAAGCAAGCAGUGCUGAGUUCCCAGCUCUUGCACGUCAUCACCAGGAAUCACUUGCUGUGUUACAGUGUCAGAUGCAGUGCAGUAGCUGCUCGAGAUAUUGAUCCAGAAAUUGACACUAAUAACAAGGCCUGUCCACCAUUCUUCCUGCCCGUGUCUGCCCUGCGUAUGCAACUCUUUAUCGGGUUGAGAGCGGUGUGCCAUUCCAGGAACCACCUAAUACUGCUGUCCAAGGCAGAAGUCAAUGCACAAAACAGACAGAAUGAACCCAGUAAAGGAUCACUCCAAAGGUCCAGGACUCUGAAUAAUACGCCACCGGUUAUUAAGGAAUCUGCCUGGAAUUUAUACUGCUUGCAGGUGAUACCAACAAUUCAGCUGUGCAAAGAGAUGGUGGAGUACAGCUUGAAGUACAAGACCUGCAGUCCACAGAGUUACGUCCACUUGCUGAGUGAAGCCCACCUCAUGCUAAAGACGGCUCUCCUAGAUCCCGACCUCGGCCAGUGCGACAGCCCUGAACUGCUGUCCGCUUUCCGAGAGAACUGCAUCCAGUUGGGAGACUGUUUCAGUCAGUUUGAGGUGGAUGAUUUUUACCUCACUCUCCCCUACUAUAAGAUGUCGGGCAAGUCAUUGAGUGAACUAAUCAGCAGGAUGCUUGUCUGGGAAAAUGAACCUCAGAAGUUUGGAAAAGGAUUUAUGUACUACUUGAAGCACUUAGUCUAUGAGGAAAUUGAAGAGCCACUCGAUGCAGAAACAGCAAACCAAGUGUUGCAGGUAUUCAAGCUGUCAGAACCAACCCAAAUUCCACACGCCGUGUGCAGCCCGUGCAUGAGAAAUGUGUGCCUGAGGACGGCAUGGGACCAUCUGGAAAGGCUGGCCUCCAUUAGCCCGUCGCCCCUGGUGACGCUGACCAGAGCAAUGGUGGCGUUAAGAAUUGAAGACCAGCAAAAAUACCAGAUGGCCAUGAGGCGAUACACAGAGAUGAGGUUGAUUAAUGGAUUUGUGGACGAACCGCAUCUCCUGCGAUAUCACGGCGUUGUGGCAACUGAACUGUCCCAUGAGCUGGCGAAGACUCAACCGGGUCUCCUGGUAGUUGCUUUUGUAGCUCUACUGAGAAGUAACAAAGUCACCCUGGAGGAAGCUGAAUUAUUCUUCAAGGGACUCUGUGGUAAGAGUGACAAAGACAAUGUGGCAGAGAAUCCGCAGAUGCUGGUUGACUUCUGGGAAACCGCAUUGAUAUCCUGCACCGACGACGUGUUGAUCGAAGUCCUUCUGAUGAAGCUGGUGUCCGUGUACCUCCACAGGACAGCCCAGAGGAUAAAGCCCGACCGGAAACCAUUGAAAACAGUGGAUGAGCUGAUCAGUUCAUGUGGUCAUUUUGGGAAGAUUUUCUCUUGGAUCCACACUAUCAAUGCCUCCAAUACUGAACCACAAGGUCCUUCAGAAGAUCUGCAGAAACUGCAGUCCAUUCUGUGUGGUUCUUCAAUCGAAAUAACUUCUGUUCUUCAACUUCUGCAACACCUGCCUGAUGAUGACCUGAUGGCACUGAGUAUCCAUGCAUUGUGUGACACCAGACUGGGCAAAUGUGAGCAUGUAACUGACCUUCUCCUCGACCGAUGCCCUGAAGCGCUUCUACCAUUUGCCACCUGUGAGAUGCAGCAGGGGAACCAGCCUCUGUGGUGGAAGAAGCUGUUGCCUGAACUUUGUGAGCGAAUAAGAGGAGACGGAAGAGAAAAUAAAAUCCUGGUGUCUUCACUGCAGGAGACCCUGAUGGUGGUAGCUGCCAUUCUGCCACCCCUGGAUUUUCUGAGAGUGCUGCCAGACGAUGGUGUUGCUUCAUUUUUCCUACCCUACCUUCUGGAGUGCAGCAGGAAGAGCUCGAUCACGUGACUUGCAGCACGCAAUGGGCAGCGGGCAGCUGUGCUGUGUGUUCUUGGGAGCUCAGGAGGGAGCCGCAUUAAUUGUGCCUUGAUUCCUGUGCAGCAUGCAACUGCAGCCCGAUGCAAGUGUGGACUGGAAUUGCGAAGGUCAAUGUAACACUAUCGUAGGAAAACCUAGCAGGAAACUUGGCCCCCAUGCAGUGCACCUAUGGACACCACACACCUGGGAGCAGAAACUCACACCAACGCGACAGGCUCACUGACUGUGGCUAACACACUCUUGUGACAAUUCCCACCAUACCUACAACUGUAAUACUGAGCACUUGAGUGUAAGGGUUCAUGUGUGAACUUCACUGGAAUUUCUCCUGACUGAUUAGCAUGUUUACUCAGUCACUUAUCUGAAGUAGGUUCUCUUUGAGUUUUCAGAGACUUUCCUUGAAGUUGCCUUAAUAUUAUCCACAAUGGUGAAACUCGGUUGCUAUAUGUAAGACCAUCCGUCUCUGAAAAGCUGGGAUAACAAAUCUAUUACUACUUUGCUUCAUAAUGCCAUGGAUUGUAAAAGGUAGCUUUCCUAUUCCUUCUUAUCUAAACCUGUGUCCCUGCCUGAGAAGAUUAUUUACAUUUCAGUGACCUGUAGAAUAAUUGAACCAUUGAGACUCUUUUCACUUCCUGUGUAUUUAACCAAUUAUUUAUUUAUGCUGUUGAUAUUUCGCAUCAUGUUGACAUGGGUGUCAGAGAUUGAAUCUGUUUUGAACCAUUACCCUUUUAGCCAAAGAGCCACAAUUUUUUUUAGAUUAGGACAAUGGUAAUACUAUUAAAUUUUACUUUAUUGGUUUUGCACUCAUCUAAUCAUGAUGGACUAAUUAGUUUACAAACUUGUUGCCAGGUGAAUGUUGAGACGAGAAUGCAAUAAAAUUCGGUAACAAAACUUUUCA